AUGGAGGCGGAGCAAAGGCCGACCACCCCGGCCGGCGAAGGGGCGACCCCUGGGCUGGAAGCGGCGCCUCCUGCUGCACCAGCGUCUGCGACCGCGGCCUCGGGUCCGACCCCUGGGUCUGGGUCCGGGCCCGAGCCCAAGAGGAGGCAGCUCGGGACGCUGCUCCAGCCCACGGUCAACAAGUUCUCCCUUCGCGUGUUCGGCAGCCACAAAGCAGUGGAAAUCGAGCAGGAGAGGGUCAAGUCAGCAGGGGCCUGGAUCAUCCACCCCUACAGCGACUUCCGGUUUUACUGGGACCUGAUCAUGCUCCUGCUGAUGGUGGGGAACCUCAUUGUGCUGCCCGUGGGCAUCACUUUCUUCAAGGAGGAAAACUCCCCUCCAUGGAUCGUCUUCAACGUCCUCUCUGACACUUUUUUCCUGCUGGAUCUGGUGCUCAACUUCCGCACAGGCAUCGUGGUAGAGGAGGGCGCUGAGAUCCUGCUGGCACCACGGGCCAUCCGCACACGCUACCUGCGCACCUGGUUCCUGGUUGACCUCAUUUCCUCUAUCCCUGUGGACUACAUCUUCCUGGUGGUAGAGCUGGAGCCACGAUUGGAUGCCGAGGUCUACAAAACAGCGCGGGCUCUGCGCAUCGUGCGCUUCACCAAGAUCCUCAGCCUGCUGCGGCUGCUCCGCCUCUCUCGCCUCAUCCGCUACAUACACCAGUGGGAGGAGAUCUUUCACAUGACCUAUGACCUGGCCAGUGCCGUGGUUCGCAUCUUCAACCUCAUCGGGAUGAUGCUGCUGCUAUGUCACUGGGAUGGCUGUCUGCAGUUCCUGGUCCCCAUGCUGCAGGACUUCCCUCCCGACUGCUGGGUCUCCAUCAACCACAUGGUGAACCACUCGUGGGGCCGCCAGUAUUCCCAUGCCCUGUUCAAGGCCAUGAGCCACAUGCUCUGCAUUGGCUACGGGCAGCAGGCACCUGUUGGCAUGCCCGACGUCUGGCUCACCAUGCUCAGCAUGAUCGUGGGCGCCACGUGCUACGCCAUGUUCAUCGGCCACGCCACCGCCCUCAUCCAGUCCCUGGACUCUUCCCGGCGUCAGUACCAGGAAAAGUACAAGCAGGUGGAGCAGUACAUGUCCUUCCACAAGCUGCCAGCUGACACCCGGCAGCGCAUCCACGAGUACUAUGAGCACCGCUACCAGGGCAAGAUGUUUGAUGAGGAGAGCAUCCUGGGCGAGCUGAGCGAGCCGCUGCGGGAGGAGAUCAUUAACUUCACCUGCCGGGGCUUGGUGGCCCACAUGCCGCUGUUUGCCCACGCCGACCCCAGCUUCGUCACGGCAGUGCUCACCAAGCUGCGCUUUGAGGUCUUCCAGCCAGGGGACCUGGUGGUGCGUGAGGGCUCCGUGGGCAGGAAGAUGUACUUCAUCCAGCAUGGGCUGCUCAGUGUGCUGGCACGUGGCGCCCGGGACACCCGCCUCACUGACGGAUCCUACUUUGGGGAGAUCUGUCUGCUGACUCGGGGCCGGCGCACGGCCAGCGUGCGGGCCGACACCUACUGCCGCCUCUACUCGCUCAGUGUGGACCAUUUCAACGCGGUGCUCGAGGAGUUCCCCAUGAUGCGCCGCGCCUUCGAGACUGUGGCCAUGGAUCGGCUGCGCCGCAUUGGCAAGAAGAAUUCCAUACUACAGCGGAAGCGCUCUGAGCCGAGUCCUGGCAGCAGUGGGGGCAUCAUGGAGCAGCACUUGGUGCAACACGACAGGGACAUGGCUCGGGGUGUUCGUGGCCUGGCCCCAGGCACAGGAGCUCGGCUCAGCGGAAAGCCAGUGCUGUGGGAGCCACUGGUGCACGCGCCCCUGCAGGCAGCCGCUGUGACGUCCAAUGUGGCCAUUGCCCUGACUCACCAGCGGAGCCCUCUGCCCCUCUCCCCCGACUCUCCAGCCACCUUCCUUGCUCGCUCUGCUCGACGCUCAGCAGGCUCCCCAGCCUCCCCUCUGGUGCCUGUCCGAGCUGGCCCUCUGCUGGCCCGGGGCCCAUGGGCAUCCACCUCCCGCCUGCCAGCCCCACCUGCUCGAACCCUCCAUGCCAGCCUAUCCCGGGCUGGGCGCUCCCAGGUGUCCCUGCUGGGCCCCCCCCCAGGAGGAGGUGGAAGGCGACUAGGACCUCGGGGUCGCCCACUCUCAGCCUCCCAACCUUCUCUGCCUCAGCGGGCAGCAGGUGAUGGCUCUCCGGGGCGGAAGGGCUCAGGAAGUGAACGCCUGCCCCCCUCAGGGCUCUUGGCCAAGCCUCCAGGGACAGCCCAGCCCCCCAGGCCACCGGUGCCUGAGCCAGUCACCCCCCGGGGCCCCCAGCUCUCUGCCAACAUGUGA